AUGAGCGGUCCGGAUGCGCUAUUCUCUCUGCGGAACAACUUUCAGCUGGGCGCGUACCAGGCGGCGAUCAACGAGAGCGGCGUGGGAGGGCUGUCGGAGGCGGAGAGCAUCGAGCGCGACACCAUCGUUUACCGCUCCUACAUCGCGCUCGGCAGCUACCAGCUGGUGAUCGACGAGAUCACGGAGUCGUCCGCCACGGCGCUGCAGGCCGUCAAGCUGCUCGCAACCUACCUCGCCGAUAACACCAACAAGGACGCGGUGCUGUCGGGGCUGGAGGGGUAUCUGUCGGAGUCCGUGAUCGGCAAGAACGCGACGCUGCUGCUGGUGGCGGGCACCGUGUACGCGCGCGAGCAGAACUUCGUCGACGCGCUCAAGGUCGCGCACGCCCUUCCCGGCAACCUCGAGCUCAUGGCGUUGAGUGUGCAGGUGUUUCUACUGAUGGAUCGCGCGGACCUAGCGGAGAAGCAGGUGAAGGCGAUGCAGCAGGUGGACGAGGACGCCACCCUCACGCAGCUCGCCCUCGGCUGGGUCAGCCUCGCCAUGGGCGGGUCGAAGGUGCAGGAGGCGACGUACGUGUUUCAGGAGCUGGCGGACAAGUUCAGCCCGACGGUGGCGCUGCUCAACGGCAGCGCGCUCGCCCAGAUGCACUCCGGCAACUUCGAGGACGCCGAGGCACUGCUGCUGGACGCCCUCAACAAGGACGCCAAGGACGCCAACACGCUGGCCAACCUCGUUGUCUGCUCGCUGCACCGAGGAAAGCCCGCCACGCGCUACCUCAACCAACUGAGGACGGUGGCACCGGAUCACAUUCUUGCCGCGCCUCUGAACGAUCUCCAGCCCCUCUCUCUCCCUCUUCGCCCCCUCUCUCUCCCUCUUCCCCUCAUCCCCUCGUGCCCCCUACCCCGCCAACCGCCCGCCAUGGCGGCAGCUGCGCGGGUGGCUGCGCGCCUCCCCGCCGCUCAUCGUCCGCUGGCAGCGCGGGGACAGCCGCGCGGGCCUCUCCGCGCCUGCGGUGGGAGGGACAAUGGGGGCCGCGGGGCUCGUGUGAGGGCGAGUGGCACCCGGCAGUCACACCUGCGUCCCCCGCUCAGCAACAAACCCCUCUCCACCCCUCGCCCACGCUGCAUGCACCUCCCAUCUCCCCCACCUCCCACCAACUUCUCCUUGCAUUCGCAUCCUCUCCUUCUCCCUCCCCCACUCCCCUCCCCUUUUCCCAACGUCUUCCCCUCCUCCCUAACACCCCCCUCUUCCCAUCCUUCUUCCCCGCCCUCUCAACCACCCCCCACCCCCCUCAUUUCCCCCCAUUCUUCCCGUUCCCCACUCUUUCCCCCCUUUUGCCCCUCUUUCCCUGCUUUUCCCUCUUUCCUCCCCUUUCCCCUUUCCCCCCCACUUUCCCCUCCUUUUUCCCCCUUUUUCCCUCCCGUUCCCCCUUUUUUUCCCCCUUUCCCCCCCUUUGCCUCCCUUUCCCCCCCUUUCCCCCCCUUUUCCCCCCCUUUUCCCGCCCGCCCUUUCCCCCUCGCCUGCGAGCAGAUCCCAGUGACGCUGUACAGGGAGAGGGGAGCCCCCACGGCGCCCUACCUGCGCAAGGCCGCCACCUUCACGCUCCACCACGCGCUGCUCGCCGCCGCCGCCGCUCACCCAAGCCACCCAUUCGAUGCACCAUCCGAGCCUGCCUUCCAGGCUCGGCCCGAGCCUCUGGGUCGGGCGCAGCUGGACCUGGCUGAGCUGGCGGACUGCGAUGGGGCGGUGGAGCGCCGCCUCAAGGUGGCGCCCGGGCCCGCCAUGCUGGCUGACGUGGCGGCUGAGGAUAGGCCGGCGGGGGCGGUGCUGGUGGUGAGCGUGGAGUGCGUUGGGAAGAAGCUCAGCCGCGAGGCCGCCGCUGAGGAGGCCCACAUCCUGGCGGCCCCCAGGGGGCAUCGCCGCAACGCCUCCUCACCUCUGCUGCCCUCCACCGCGCUGCACCGCCCCCCCACCCCCUCGCAUCUCGCCUCCUCCCCUCCGGCGUCGGGGUGCGCCUCGCCCGCCGUGGCAGCAGCAGGCAGCGCGGGGUCGUCGCUGGGCGACCGUGACUUCCCUGCCCUGCCCGCUCUGCCCCCCCUGGUAGGGGGCGCGCACGCACAGGGCCACACGCAUGGCCCUCCCCACGGGCCGUGGCAGCACGAGCCGGCUGUAGCAGAAAGAGAUGCGGGUGGGGGGAAUGUGGGGAGGGUAGAGGCAGUAGCAGAUGAGGGAGAAGGUGUGCAGAGCGGUGGUGAGGUGGGCAAGCGCAAGCAGCAGAGGAAGAGCCGCAGAGGAGGCAGAGCAGGCUCAUGCGAUGGGGUGAGGGGCGUGAGAGAGAAGGGGGGAGACGUGGGUGAGGAGGAGCUAAUAAGAGACGCUGGAGAGAGUGACGUGGCAGUGGGCGAUUCUGGACCUCUCUCUGCCACGUCAACCCCCCCUGCAACGUUAGCAGUGCCUGCCAAGUCAGCAUCGUCCUCAUCCACCUCAUCACGACCUCCCUCCCAUCCUCCAUCAGCCUCUGCUUCCCCUGUGCCCUCGCGCUCCUCUUCUAUCUCGUCAGCGGCCUCUGCAUCCACGUCAGCUUCGGCAUCCACGUCAGCAUCUGCCUCGUCAGCAUCCACAUCAGCAUGCAUGACGUCAUCAUCGUCACAUUCGCCGCUGGAGUCACCAGCAGCGUCCGCGGCCCCCCCCUCCUCCUCCUCCUCCUCCUCCUCCUCCUCCUCCUCCUCCUCCUCCUCCUCCUCCUCCUCCUCCUCCUCCUCCUCCUCCUCCUCCUCCUCCUCCUCCACCUCCUCCUCCUCCAUGUCUGCCACACGCGCCUUCCGCCUGGCUGCUGCAACCCAUGCCCCCUCCCCUCAGCCUCAGCCAGCCGCGGGGGCCAAGCAGGGCAGGAAGGCGUCUCGCCGCGCGCAGUCAUAUGGCGGCGCUGAGCUCGCCGCCUUCCAUGCUGCCCCCACUGCCCCGCCACCACCACCACACGCUGCAGCAGCAGCGGCACAAACAUCAGCAGCUGCCCGGAAAGAUCCCGCUGAUGCUGCCGCUGCUCCCGCCGACACCACUGACGCCACUGAUGCAAGGGCACAGCGCAAGGCAGCGGGCAGGCGGCACUCGUACGGCGGCCAGGAGCUCACCGCCAUGCACACCGCACUCACACACCCGCUCGCCACCCUCGAUGCCACUGACGCUGGCAGCACCAGUGACAGCAGCACUGCGGGCAGCGGCAGGGGCAGCAGGGGCAGCAAGACGAGCAGGCGGCGGGGGGGGGCGGGCAGCAUCAGCAUGGACGUGCCUGGCCGCCCCGCCACGCCGCUCACCCGCUUCAGCCGCCAUGCCAAACCCCCCCUCGCCACGCCCCCCUCCUCCCUCCCCCCCACUGCCGCUGCCACUACCCUUGCCACCACCCCCCUUACCUCACCGUCCGCCACCACCAGUGCGCCCUCUGCCCUCACGCCUCCACCUAGCCUCCCUGUUCAGGCUGAAGCGCCAUCAUCCCACGCCACCCCUGCUGCUGCCGCUGUCGCUGUUGCUGCUGCUGCCGUGGGGGUGGGUGCUGGUGAGCUUGGGAGGGCGAGGCGUGGGAGUGGCAAGGAGAGGGCGGGUGGGAGUGGGAAGGAGAGGGCGCGGGGCAUGAGGCAGAUCGAGGCAGAGCUGCAGCAGAGGAGAGAGGCGGCCGCAGCCAAGGCAGCUGCAGGCACGGCAGAGGCAGUAGAGGAAGACGACGGGGCUGACGGGGUAGUGGAGGAUGAUGGGUGGGAGCAGCAGGUGGGGCAGGUGGCGGUGGUGCGCGGGCAGGUGAGGGCCACAUCGCUGGCAGAGCUGUACCGCGCGGCGGGGAGAGGGGGCGACCUGGACGGCGCAAGGAACGUGGCACCGGCUCACGCCCUCCCACAGGCGCUGGCUGCCACACCCGGCCUCCUGUGCCAGUCCAUGCCCUUGCAGCCGCACCUGGGCUUGCACCCGCACCUUCCCACGCCCCUGCCUGUGUCGCCUGCCCCUGCUGCCCCUGCUGCCCCUGCUGCCCCUUCCGCCCUCUUCUCCUCCACCUCUCCUCUCGCCGUCGCUCUGCCUCCCUGCAGUGCCACCGCCCCUUUCCCCCUCGCCUCUGCUCCUUCCCCUCCUGCCCCUGCCUCUGCCUCUGCGGAUUCCCCCCCUUGCCACCCCCCUCACACUGCGUCGUCCCCUCCUGCCGCGCGCCCACCCUCCCAUCGCGACCUGCUGGUGAGUGGCACUUGGUUGGGGCGAGGGGGGAGGAGGGAGGAAGAGGGGAGCGGAGUGAAAUUGGUGGGGAAGAGUUGGGAAGGGUUGGGGGAAAGCGUGACAACAGGGGGCAGGGUUGAGGGAAAUGGGGGAGAAGAGUGGGCGAGGGAGAGGUGGAGGCAUGGGGAGUUUGCUAAAGGAAUGAGUGGUGAGGUGCUGGCAUGCAGGACGGGUGGCAUCUGCCAACACCACACCACGCUCCAUACCGUCUCCCCCCAUCAUCACUCCCCUUGCAUCCUGCUUCCCCCUCUUCCCCUCUCCCCCGCCAUCAGGGCGCGCAAGGCAGCGCACAGCCGCCGCCCGCACUCACUGGCGGGGGGGGAGUUUGCCGCACUCAGGCUCGCCCACAACCCCACAGGAGGCUCUCCAGAAUCCACCACCGCUCUGCACCGCUCUCCCCUCUCCUCGUCCUCCCGCCCCCUAAAUCCCGUUGCUGCUGUCGCCCUGGCCACUCUGCCCCACCCCUCCACCUCCUCUCCUGCCCCUCUUGCCGCCCCUUCUGCUGGUGCAGCGGAUGAGAGUGGGAAGCGGCAGAAGGAGAAGGGCAUGAGGCAGGCAGCAGGGGGAGGGGCGGCGGCAGCAGCGGUGCAGCAGUCGUUGGGAGCGGUGGCGGCAGCACAGCCUGCCAUGGUGGAUAUUCCACGGGCUGCCACCACGGGCAGCAUUCACACCACACCUGCCACCGCUGCUGCUGCUGCUGCUGCUCUAAGGAGGUGUGGGUCUGACGAUGCGCCCUGCCUGCCCGCUCUCGCAGAGCACAUGGCGCAGGGAGGGCAGCCCCACCCCACUGCACUUUCCCAUGACCCAGCUGUCCCCUCUGCCUUCCCUCGCCCUCUGCUGCACCUUGCUCCCACUUCCCUCGCCUCCGCUUCCCCUGCCAUGUCAGCUGGCUCUCCUGUGACGUCAGCAGGGUCGCCUGCCAUGUCAGCAGGAUCCCCAGCCUCUCUGUCCAAUGAGCACGUGCCACGUGGCGCACAGCAGGCAGCAGCGGUGGCGGAGCUGAGGAGCAAGCUGAGGGUGCUGCUGGCGCCGCCACUGCCUGCAGCAGAGCAGGCAGGCAUGGGGGCGUGCGGGGUGGGUGAGUGUCACGAUGUGGGCAGGCAGGGAUGUGCAGGCAGUGAGGAGGGCCAAAUUCCAUCAGCUGUGGUGACUGCACCGCCUGCAACAGCAGGUUCUCUCCCACCUCACUCCUCUGCCGCUGCCACACACCGCCACCCCCCGUCGCCUCCUCCCCUGCACCGCUCGCUGUCAGACCCGCACACGCCGCGCCCCCCCACAGCGCCCUUCCCCCUCGUCUCUCCGCCCUCCCCCGGCACCCUCUCAGCGCCGCGCUCGCCCCUCCCCCCACCCUCUGCGCGCGCCCUGGGCUUCGCCUGUGCGCGCCGCCCCUUCAUGCUGCCUCCCGACUGGCACUCGGCCUCCGGUGCUGCUGAGAGUGGUGAGAGGCCGCGCACUGCAGAGGGGGGGAGAGGAGGGAGGGGCGUGCGGGCAUUCACUUCAGUGGGGCACCGGGGGCUGCUGCCACGGGGCGUGCAUGCAGGGGGGGCGUCAGCAGCAGCCGCAGCAGCAGCAGGGGGCGCGGGCAGCCAUUCUGCCCUGACCGCGCGUGAGGUGCUGGCAGCGCUGCGGCGUGUGCCGGGGCCGUACAGCUCGGGGCGGUUUGACGAGGUGGAGGGCGUCGAUGACGCUCUGCUGGGCGCCGCUGCCACGCCCAGGGUAGCGGUGGGAGGGGCGCGUGGUGGUGGUGGUGGUGGGCGGCGGAGGAGGAGGUUCAGCGUGCUGGCUGUGGCGAGGGAGGUGGUGGAGAGGGACGGGGGAGGGGGAGAGGGGGGCAGUGGCGAUUAUGCGAGUGGAGGUGACGCGGAGAGAGGAAAAGGUGGUGGUGCGGAGGAGGGCGGAGGAGAUGAUCGGGGAGGCAGGGAGGAGUCAGAGAGCGAUGGCGAUGGGGAGGGCGAGGAGGCGGCACGGGUGCGCAUGGAGUGGAGGCGGGUGAGGAAGGAGCGGCAGCUGGUGGAGCAGGAGAGGGGCGAGGUGCAGCGCGUGCAGGGCGAGGUGGCACGCUUCAAGCAGUGGGCGCACGAGGAGCAGCAGCGCCUGCAGGAGGAGAAGCGAAAGGCCAACAGUAUGAGUGAAGCCCCCCACGUGCGCCCACCACAGGUGGAGGCGGACAAGCAGCGCCUGGCGCCCUUUGAGGCACGCCACCGCGCCUGCCACCACCGCAUCGCAGCACAGGACGCCGCCACCGCCGCCCUGCGAGCGCAGGCCAGCGCUGCUGCCACGGCCACGGCACACGUGGCGGCGCACACGCACUCCCUGCGCUGCCACCUCGCCUCCUCCGCCCACCUCCUCGCCGCCACCAAGCAGCGCCUCGCUCACGACCGCGCCUCCGUGGCUGGCGCUCUGGCUCGGGCUGCCGAGGCUGAGGAGCGGGCGCAGGCAGCGGAGAGGAGGUUCGGGAAGAUGCCGUGGGAGGUGCGGAGUGCGAGUGGCGUGGCGCGGGUGGUGCAUGGCGUGGCGGCCCGGCAUGGGUCGUCCGUGCAGCGCCUGCACGCCCCCGCCAUGCGCCUGGCCCGUGUGGUGGCCGUGGCAUGGCGGGGCGGGACGGGUGAGGGGGCGGGGAAGGGGGCGGGGGUGGAGGAGGAGGAGGAGUUGUGGGGCGAAGUGGGGGAAAUGGCCGAGGGGCGAGAGGAGGGCGGGCACAGGGGAGGGGAGGAGGGAGAGGGGAAUGCAUGGCAAGGGUGUAGUGCAAGCAAGGAAGGGACGGUGAUGGGAGAGGAACAGCCAAGGGAGCAGCGAGGAGUGGAGGGCAAGGCGCGUGGGUUGAAAGGGGAGCAGGUGGCAGGCGUGGCGAGGGAGGUGAUGCGCGCGCUGCUGCUGGCUGCCCGGGCGGCGAGUGACAGCGCAUCGCGGGUGCUCUUCUGGUGGUCCAACACGGCCAUGCUGCGCUCCGCCCUGGCGCCGCUGGUGGUGGAGGAGCAGAGGAGGAAAGGGGAGGAGGGGAGGAAGGGUGAGGCGGCCACAGGUGAAGGAGGGGCGGAUGGUGCUGCUGCUGCGAAUGGUGGUGGUGCAUGCUGGUCCGGCACAGGUCAUGACGACCGGGGAGAGCACCCAGAGCGGCCUGGGGACCCGUGGGGCAGCUUGGCGCACCUUGAGUCGCAGCUGCUGCAGUUGGAGCAAUGGCAGCACGACAGGUGUCUGCACCUGGUGUGGACACGUGUCUUCCUGCCAGCCAUGCAGCAGCGCCCCCCUGUGCUGCCGCCUCCCUUCCACCCGCCAUCACACACCCCACCCUUCACCCCCGCCUGGUCCUCCGCCCUGCUCUGCGCCGCCUCUGCCUGCCAGCAGGCGUCCCUCUGGCCCUUCUCCACCCCCACGCCCCCGCCACCCCCACUCAGAGCGGAGGAAGUGCAGGCGCCCUGGUGGGAGGGGCUGAGUGGUACAGAGCGGUGGGUGGCGGUGCUGCACGAGGCGGCUGCCAUGCUGUGCCCUCACAGGGCCAUGGGGCACCUCUGCGGCUGCCUCUACCCGCUUUUCAAGCAGUGCACCUCCUCCCCCCGUCCUCCUCUCUCACGCCACCCCACUCUGGUUUGGCACGUCUGCCUUCAAAGCCUGCCGCCUUGGUCCCCCUCUUCCCACCCCUUUCCCUGCUCCACCUCACGCAACCCCCCCUUCUAUCCACUCCCCCUUCCCCUCCCCCUCUUCAUCCCCCUCCCCGCCCCUCCCCCCUCCCCCGCCCCUCAGGUGCUGCAGCAGUGCCAGCAGCGGCUGGACGCGGCGCUCUUCAACGCGCUGCUGCGGUCGGGUAACGACGUGCUCUCCACCGACCCUACCGCCGACCCUCUCACCGAACCUGCCGCCCUGCCGUUCCCCGCCAAUGGCCGCUUCUGGGCCGCCCAAGGGGGGCUACUGAAGCACACUGUGUCGGAGUGGAGUGAGUUCCUCGCUGACAUGGACGCACACGUCUCCUCACACUGCCACGCCUCCGCCGCCGCUGCUGCUGCCACGCAGCAUGCCGAGCAGCACGGGUGCUGCCACGCUGCCCCCCCAUCGCCCAUCCUCCCCCCGCCCACCGUCCCGCUCUCCCUGCUCUCCUCCGCUCGCUUCUGGGCGGGCCAGCUGGAGCUCUUUGAUUGGCCAGAGGGCGCAGAGGGGCAGGGCGGGGCAGAAAAGCGGGGAUGCGGAAAUGGACUGGUGGGGCAGGGAGAGGGGUGGAGAGCGGUGACAGGCGGUGACGCCAUGGGAGGUGCAGCGGCGCACAGUACUGCUGGGUGUGAAGCGGGCACGGGCCAGAGAGGGCACGACCCCGCGGCGCUGCUGCUGCUGGGAGGGCGCGAGGGGGAGGGGGAGGAGGGGAGAGGCUUGCUGCAGCAGCUGAUAGGUGGGCGCGCGGAGUGCUUCCCACUGCUGCGCGCGCUGGCCCACGUGCUGCUGCUGCCCAAGACGGCUCUCUGCGACCGCCCUGUGCGCCGCCAGGUGCGCGGGAAGGGGGGGUCGACGUUGGUGCGCGGGAAGGGGGGGUCGACGUUGGUGCGCGGGAAGGGGGGGUCGACGUUGGUGCGCGGGAAGGGGGGGUCGACGUUGGUGUACGCCACCAUCCCAGCACCGCUGCUGCAGCGCGUGGUGAGCAUGUGUGUGGAGCAGCCCUCCCACCCCGACCCCAUCCCACCCGUGCUGCUCGACAUGCUGCAGGCCGAGGUGAGUGCUGCAGGCCGAGGUGAGUGCUGCAUGCCGAGGCUGCCCCACAUGCUGCUAUACAUGAUGAGGCAUCACAUGCAUUGUCUGUUCUCUCACCUGCAAUCCCAUCCUCUCCAUCCCCCCAUUCCGCCCCUCCCACCUCCCUCUGCUCCUCCUGCCCCUCCUCGCCUCCACCCUCCCCAGGCCAACACCUCUGCCCACGCCAUCCACUUCCUGCCAGUCUUCGACCCCGCCCCCCUGCCCCCCACGCCCUACUGCCCGCCGCCCACCUCCCCCCUGCACGCGCUGCUGGGGGCGGCUGCACGGGGCGUGGUGGGCGUGCAGCAGGGGGGCCUGGAGGGCGGGAAGGGGGCACGGCACGGAGAUUUGCCGGUGGAGUGA